AUAAGUCUUUUAAGUGAUUAAGAAACUAAAAGCCAUGAAUGGCCUUACAUUCUUCACACCCUUUUUAUUAUUUCUAUAUCUCUUAUGCAUCUUGUUUACGACAGAAACUGAAGCUGGAUCGAGAAAUGGUGACGGGGUUUACAUUGUCUACAUGGGAUCAGCUUCUUCUGCUGCCAACGCUAAUAGAGCUCAGAUACUCAUAAACACCAUGUUUAAGAGGAGAGCAAACGAUCUUGUCCACACAUAUAAGCAUGGCUUCUCGGGUUUCGCAGCUCGUUUGACAGCAGAAGAAGCCAAGGUCAUAGCCAAGAAACCGGGAGUGGUUUCGGUUUUUCCUGACCCAAACUUCCAGCUUCAUACAACUCAUUCAUGGGACUUUCUCAAGUACCAAACAUCAGUAAAGAUCGAUUCCGGUCCACCUUCAUCAGCCUCUGAUGGAUCAUAUGACAGCAUUGUCGGCAUUCUGGACACAGGGAUAUGGCCAGAAUCAGAGAGCUUCAAUGACAAAGACAUGGGUCCAAUUCCGUCUCGAUGGAAAGGUACAUGCAUGGAAGCAAAGGACUUCAAGUCUUCUAACUGUAACAGAAAGAUCAUUGGAGCAAGAUACUACAAAAAUCCUGAUGAUGAUUCAGAAUACUAUACCACAAGGGAUGUGAUCGGUCACGGUUCUCAUGUGUCCUCCACCGUAGCUGGAUCUGCCGUUGAGAAUGCUUCCUACUAUGGUGUAGCUUCCGGGACCGCAAAGGGAGGUUCACCAAACGCUAGGAUUGCUAUGUACAAAGUAUGCAAUCCCGGGGGAUGCACUGGCUCCUCUAUCUUAGCUGCCUUCGAUGAUGCAAUCGCAGAUGGAGUUGAUGUUCUAUCUCUGUCUCUAGGAGCUCCAGCAUACGCCCGUAUCGACCUGAACACUGAUCCUAUCGCCAUUGGAGCGUUUCACGCGGUGGAGCAAGGAAUUUUGGUGAUCUGCUCUGCAGGUAAUGAUGGACCUGAUGGCGGUACAGUUACCAAUACUGCACCUUGGAUAUUGACCGUCGCUGCCAACACCAUUGACAGAGACUUUGAGUCUGAUGUUGUUCUAGGCGGCAAUAAAGUCAUCAAGGGUGAAGGUAUACACUUUGCAAACGUUAGUAAAUCUCCUGUGUAUCCUCUGAUUCAUGGCAAGUCUGCUAAGAACGCUGAUACAUCAGAAGGAGAAGCCAGGGCCUGUGACUCUGGUUCUCUAGAUCAAGAGAAGGUAAAAGGGAAGAUUGUGUUAUGCGAGAACGUUGGUGGAUCAUAUUAUGCAUCAUCCGCUAGGGACGAGGUGAAGAGCAAAGGAGGUAUUGGUUGCGUCUUUGUAGAUGACAGAACUAGAGCAGUUGCUAGCGCUUAUGGCAGUUUUCCUACUACCGUAAUUGACUCAAAGGAAGCAGCUGAGAUCCUCUCCUAUCUCAACUCAACCAAAGAUCCUGUUGCAACAAUUCUUCCAACUGCAACAGUUGAGAAGUUCACACCCGCGCCUUCCGUUGCAUAUUUCUCUUCCAGAGGACCUUCAAGCCUCACAAGAAGCAUUCUAAAACCUGACAUUACAGCACCGGGAGUCGCGAUACUCGCUGCAUGGACUGGAAACGACUCAAGCAUUUCGCUAGAAGGCAAGCCAGCUUCUCAGUAUAACGUCAUAUCAGGAACUUCCAUGGCAGCUCCUCAUGUUACAGCUGUUGCAUCUCUAAUCAAAUCACAGCAUCCAACAUGGGGUCCAUCCGCGAUCAGAUCAGCAAUCAUGACAACAGCGACUCAAACAAACAACGACAAAGGUCUUAUAACAACAGAAACUGGUGCAGCAGCCACGCCUUAUGACUCUGGAGCAGGAGAACUAAGCUCAACAGCAUCAAUGCAACCAGGACUAGUUUACGAGACUACUGAAAUUGACUACCUGAACUUUCUCUGUUACUAUGGAUACAACGUAACCACAAUCAAGGCUAUGGCAAAAGCAUUUCCAGAAAAUUUCACUUGCCCUGCAGAUUCCAACUUAGACUUAAUCUCAACUAUCAAUUAUCCAUCAAUUGGAAUCUCUGGAUUCAAAGGAAAUGGAAGCAAGACAGUUGCAAGAACAUUGACCAAUGUUGGUGGAGACGGUGUGGCUGUUUACACAGUCAGCUUGGAAACACCACCAGGGUUUAAUAUUCAAGUAACGCCAGAGAAACUACAAUUUACAAAAGAUGGUGAGAAGUUGACAUACCAGGUGAUAGUCUCUGCUACUGCUUCACUUAAGAAAGAUGUAUUUGGGGCUCUUACUUGGUCUAAUGCCAAGUACAAGAAUCUUACUUGCAUCAGGAGCGGUAAAACCCCCAUGCACAGAUACAAACAUGGAUUCUCUGGAUUCGCAGCCCAUUUAUCAGAAGAUGAAGCACAUCUCAUGGCCAAGCAACCGGGAGUAGUAUCUGUCUUCCCUGAUCAGAUGUUACAGCUCCACACAACUCGUUCAUGGGAUUUCUUGGUACAAGAAAGUUAUCAAAGAGACUUCACUGAAAUGAACUAUGGACAAGAAUCCGACGUGCAUGAAGGAGACACCAUUAUUGGCUUCCUUGAUUCAGGAAUUUGGCCCGAGGCGCAGAGCUUUAACGACAGGCACAUGGGUCCAGUCCCAGAGAAAUGGAAGGGCACUUGCAUGAGAGGGAAGAAGACACAACCUGAUUCUUUCCGUUGCAAUAGCACUAUUGACCGUGGCUUUGAGUCCAACAUUCUUCUGGGAGGAGAUGAAAACAGAUUAAUCGAGGGGUUUGGAAUAAAUAUUGCCAAUAUCAAUAAAACCCAGGCUUACCCACUCAUUCACGCACGAUCAGCCAAGGCGAUUGAUGCUAAUGAGGAAGCUGCUAGGAACUGUGCACCUGAUACAAUGAACCAAACCAUUGUUAAGGGAAAGAUUGUUGUGUGCGACAAUGAUCUUGGUAACCAGGUGAUCCAGUGGAAAAGCGAAGAGGUUAAGAGACUUGGAGGUGCCGGUAUGGUAAUUAUUGACGACGAGUCAAUGGAUCUGUCUUUUAUUGAUCCCUCGUUUCUAGUGACAAUAGUAAAACCAGAGGAAGGGGUACGAAUCCUGUCCUACAUAAAUUCAAGAAGAGAACCAAUUGCAACGAUCAUGCCUACAAGAUCACGAACAGGACAUAUGUUAGCACCAUCAAUACCAUCCUUCUCAUCAAGAGGUCCUUACUUGCUUACCAGAAGCAUCCUCAAGCCUGAUAUUGCAGCACCAGGGGUCAACAUAUUGGCAUCGUGGUUAGUCGGUGACAGAAAUGCAGCACCAGAGGGCAAGCCACCACCACUCUUCAACAUUCAAUCAGGGACUUCAAUGUCAUGUCCCCAUGUCUCCGGGAUUGCUGCUCGUCUCAAAUCCAGAUACCCUUCCUGGAGUCCUGCAGCGAUUAGAUCUGCCAUCAUGACAACAGCCGUGCAAAUGACCAACACAGGAUCCCAUAUAACUACAGAAACAGGAGAAAAGGCCACACCUUAUGACUUUGGUGCUGGGCAGGUUACUGUAUUUGGACCUUCAUCCCCAGGACUGAUUUAUGAAACCACUCCCAUGGACUACCUAAACUUUCUCUGCUACUAUGGGUUUACUUCUGAUCAGAUCAGAAAGAUAUCAAACCGCAUACCACAAGGUUUUGCUUGUCCUGAACAAAGCAGCAGGGGAGACAUAUCUAACAUCAACUACCCAUCAAUCUCAAUUUCUAACUUCAAUGGAAAAGAAAGCAGAAGGAUAAGCAGAACAGUGACAAAUGUAGCAUCACGCCUCAUUGGAGAUGAAGAUACAGUCUACACUGUGAGCGUCGAUGCACCAGAAGGGUUACAAGUUAGAGUGAUACCACGAAGGCUACAUUUCAGGAAGAUAGGAGAUAAACUUAGCUACCAAGUGAUCUUCUCAUCUACUACAUCAAUACUCAAGGACGAUGCUUGUGGAUCUAUAACAUGGUCUAACGGAAUGUACAAGGUGAGGAGUCCAUUCGUUGUAACCAGCAAAGGUGAUGACAGCAAAACUUAACGAUAAUUAAGAAUUAAGAAGAAU